AUGCCAACACAAAAAAAAGAAAUCAAGACGAAUCUGGCGAAGAGAGUCAAGACAGGGAACACGGCGCUGGAAGUGGAAGUGACGCAGCCAGAUGAGGACAAUAACGAGAACGAAAAGUUUGGCUAUGGUCAGGUGGUGGAGGUAGGUUUGCUUUUAUUGGGGUUUUUAGGGUUUUUUGGCUGUUUUUUAGGUUUUAAUGGCGUUUUUUGGCCAUUUUUUGUGGCUUUUGGGCCAUUUUUGGGAUAUUUGGUGCAUUUUAGGUCGUUUUUAUGGGUCUUUUGCCAUUCUUUUUUUACUACAACACUAAAACCCACUAUAUUAUUGCAGGUAAAGCUGUUCGAAUUGAACAAAACUCGCGAGUAUAUGAUCUGUGAAGCUGUAGGUGAAGGUGGUUACUCAUCAGUCCAUUUGGCCAAUGAUUUGUCGAGUGAAGACGUGUUUGUGGCUGUGAAAUGCAUUGACUUGACCAGUCCCAAAGUCCAACGCCUUGGGAAACAAACCGAAUUCGAAGUGGAAAUCCUACAGAAGCUACAGCACUCGGACUACGUCGUGCAGUUACUGGCGGUGUCGGUUCUUUUAAAGCUUCUUUUUGCCUUGUAAAGAAAGUUCUUGCCAUUUUUCGUUUUGUAAAGAAAGUUUUUGCCAUUUUAUGCUUUUUAAAGAAAGUUCUUGCCCUUUUUUCAAAACUUAAAAUUUCAGAAAGACCAUCCCAAACCAGGUGAUAUACAUCUUCAUGGAGCUGGGCAGUGACACUUUGUCCAAGAUUUUCUACGACAAACGACAAGAAAAGACCUCGGUUACCACGCCCUUUGUCGUAAGUUAUUGGACUCAAAUUCUCAAAGCUGUCGCAUAUAUCCACAAGAAUGAUGUUCUACAUUGUGAUAUAAAGGUAGGCGUAGUAUUUUAGAAUUAUUAGAACUUGUUGAGAGCCAUUUGUCUCUAGGCCUAAAUUUAAUUUUUAAGCCAAAAAACUCUUUUCUAAGCCUAAAGUUUCACUGUUAAGCCUAAGAAUCAAUUUAAAGCCUAAAAUUCAUUUUUAAGCCUAAAACUUAUUUUUUAAGCCUAAAAGUCAUUUUUAAACAUAAAAAUUUGUAUCUAUGCCUAUAUUAAAUUUUUAAGCCUAAAACUAAUUUCUAAGCCUAAAAUUUUAUUUUUAAGCCUAAAACCCGUUUUUAAGCUUAAACUUCAUUUUUAAGCCUAAAACCCAUUUUUAAGCUUAACCUUACUCUCAAAUUCAAAAAUUUUAAAUCUUCAGUUGGACAACUUUGUCACAGUGGACGGUCCGUCGAUUCGCAUAAAACUGAUUGAUUUUGGCUGUGCCACCCGACUGUCACCACUAACGGACGCGGUAAUUCGUCGCAAAACCCUUGGCACCAUUCGAUAUAUGGCCCCGGAAUACCUCAAAUAUCGACUGGUCAGUAAGGAGUCGGACGUAUGGGCACUGGGCGUGGUGCUUUAUUUCAUGUUCAUGGGGGUGACUCCAUUUAAAGGGACUCGAAGCGAGGCCAGAAUGGCCAUUAUUAACAAAGAAGCCGAAGUCAGCGAUGUCCCAGAUGCCGCAGCGUUGGCUACACUUCAGGUAGGGCCAUUUUUUGGUACAUGAAAGUCAGUUUUUGUCAUAUUUGGCUUUGUAAAGAAAGUUUUUGCCAUUUUUUGUUUUGUAAAGAAAGCUAUUGCCAUUUUGCGUUUUGUAAAAAAUUUUUUUGCCAUUUUCAGGCCAUCUUCCAACACGACCGCGAGCUGCGACCGAGCUGCAAUAAACUGUUGAGGAAGUCUUUUGUUUCCGGCACAAGCACUACGAACUCCCAAGGAUCGUCGACCGACAAGGAUUCAACCUCCGCCAACGACGCUUCCAGCAGCAAAUAA